AUGGCGACGACUGAACACACGUCUUCCAUGGCGGACCAGCCACCUCUGACCGAGAAAGGCCAAACGGUGCGCACGCUUGUUGAGGCAGAUCUUCUAGAUGAUCGUUAUGCCACCACUCAACGCGGUCUGAAGAGUCGCCAUGUUCAGCUGAUGGCCCUCGGUGGCACGAUUGGGACAGGACUAUUUGUCUCAUCGGGUCAGUCGCUCGCCAUAGGUGGCUCUGCCUCACUCCUGCUGGGAUAUAUUUUCAUCUCGGCAAUGGUGUAUGGUCUGGUCACCGCAAUCGCAGAGAUCGGCGCUUACCUCCCCGUUCACGGCGGUACCAUGAGCUACCACGGAUUCCGAUAUGUGUCGCGAAGCUUGGGAUUUGCGAUGGGAUACUUAUACUGGUACUCGCUGGGGAUUUUGGUCCCAUACGAGAUCACAGCAGCCGGGCUGGUUAUUGGAUAUUGGGACCCUAACGGGACCAUCAACAUUGCUGUGUGGAUCUCGAUCAUGAUGGUUGUGAUCAUCGCUUUAAACUUCCUCCCGGUGCGGUUCUAUGGCGAAUCAGAGUUUUGGUUCUCCAGUGUCAAGAUCAUCACCCUGAUCGGGCUCCUGAUGGUGUCCUUCAUCCUCUUCUGGGGUGGCGGGCCAAAUCGAGAGUUGCUAGGCUUCCAUUACUGGAAGCAUCCAGGUUCCUUUAACCAGUAUCUCGUGAAAGGAAAUACGGGACGAUUCGUCGGCCUACUUAAGUGCACAGUAUCCAGCGCGAUUGCUUUCAUUUUCGCACCGGAGUUGAUCAUCAUUAGUGGCGGUGAGAUGGAGUCGCCGCGGCGCAAUGUGCCUCGAGCAGCCCGGCGGUACAUUUACCGUCUCGUUUUCUUCUACAUCUUCGGUGUUCUGGCCAUUGGUGUUAUCUGCCCAUCGAACGCUAAACGACUGACAACCGGCGACGGCACUGUCAAGUCGUCGCCAUUCGUGGUGGGAAUCCAGAACGCCGGCAUUCCGGUGCUGAAUCACAUUGUUAAUGCCGCUGUGUUGACUUCGGCCUGGUCUGCAGGAAACUCGUUCCUAUACAUGUCGUCCCGCUCCUUGUAUUCACUGGCCAUGUCGGGCAAUGCACCCAGCAUCUUUAAGUCCUGUAACCGAUGGGGCGUGCCAUACUAUGCAGUGGCCGCGUCGGCCUGCUUCUCAGCCCUGGCGUAUUUAUCGGUUGGUAACUCCAGUUCAAUCGUUUUUAACUGGUUUGUCAACUUUACCAACACAUCGGGCUUCAUCUCCUGGAUUUGCUGCUGCGUCGUGUUCUUCCGGUUCCGCAAAGCAGUUCAAGCCCAAGGCAUUGAACCGCCGUAUCGAUCGCGACUGCAACCAUACGGGGCAUACUUUGGAAUGGCCGGAUCGAUUUUGAUGGCACUGAUCAACGGUUUCACCGUUUUCUUCCCGUCUGAAUGGUCUGUGAGCAAUUUCUUCACCGCGUAUAUCGGAAUUCCCGCCUUUUUGGUGCUGUACUUUGGCCACCGAGCUCUGUUCUGGAGCGAUCCAUGGGCGUGGAAUCCCGAGGAAGUCGAUAUGCAGACGGGAUUACAGGAGAUUAUUGAAGCAGAGUUGCCGGAAAGGCCGCGUGGGCCGUGGUGGAAGUUUUGGUAG